UUUCAAUGUAUGCAUAUGAUAGGGUGUUUUUGAUAAAGUACUUGUUGUCCAGAACCAUCACUUCCCAGAAGCUCAAUCCAGAAAAAUUACAUCAUGACAUUGUUUGCCUAAACAACCUCGGUCGCUCUUUGGUCAAAAGCUUUACGUGAGAUGGCGUCAAGUUUGUUGAGAGUAGCCUUACUACUGUUCACAUUUUUGUUUAGGAGUUCUGUGGGUCAAAUUGCCUGCAGCCCUCCUGGAGAGUCUAUUAAUGCUACUAGUGGUCACAUUUCCAGCCCCAAUUUUCCCAACAACUAUGACGCAAACAGGAUUUGUACCUGGAAUAUCACGGUACCCAGCGGGAAAAUCAUCAAACUGACCUUCUUGAACUUUACCCUGGUAGCAGGUGAAAACGAUGACUGUGCUGGAGCGGCAGCAGAUAGUGCCCGAGUCUUUAUCACAAACGUUGCCUCUCAUGGGGGAAAUCCUAACGACUUUAAGAUCUGUGGUCAAAAGCUUCCCCCUCCUGUGUACUCCGAGGGAAAUUUCAUUCAAGUGAGAUUUGAAUCUCGCACCGGCCCUGUAAACAAAGGGUUCAAUGCAACCUUUGAAGCGAUAGAUGGAGAUUCACUGUGCCCAACAGAUAUGAUCCUCAGUGAAACAUCAGGUUCUUUCUCCUCUCCCUUUAAUCCAAGAAACUAUCCAUUCAACCAGACAUGUAGCUGGAAGAUUAUAGGGAAACAAGGAUACCGUGUUGAGCUGACAAUACCAGACUAUAAUCUUCAACGUUGUGAUGGCACUGCUUGCUCGUGUGAUUAUAUGGAAGUUCAGAAUAGCUUCAGUGAUGAAGUGCUGCCUGGAAAACUAUGUGGUACACCAAGGAAAACUCCUGUAAAAUUUUAUUCAUUGCACGAAAGCUUGAGGGUGCUGUUUGUGUCUGAUGAUGCAAACAUGGAUUUUGACGGAUUUGAGGCAACUUACAAGCUGUUGAACUACAGUCCUCCAAUUUGUCCCAAGGAAGCAAUUCCUCUCUCAGGCAGCGGGAAAAUAAGCAGCACAAACUACCCAAAGAGUAACUACACCGCGUCCAGAAAUUGUACCUGGAACAUUACCGCGCCAGCUGACAAAAUUGUAAAGUUUACUUUUACUGAUUUUGUCUUAAGUGAGUGUUCAGCCAAUCAUUGUUCGGAUUUUUGUUCUUAUGUGGAGCUUUAUGAUGGUGGGUCGACAAGUUCGCCUUUGCUGGGGCGAUUUUGCCAGGGGUCGUCUUGGAAUGAGACUCAGUUGUCGAGUGGAAACCAAAUGUUUGUGAUGUUCCACCCUGGACAAACAGUUGAUCGUGGAUUUGAAGCAAAAUAUGAAUCCACAACGACCGGUGGCUUGUCCUUCUUUGAGCAAGAUUGUCUGGACACGCACAAUAAUUUUCGAUUAUUGCAUGCAGCUGUUGGGCCUUUAACUUGGAAUACAGAACUUGCUGAAGGGGCACGGAACUGGUCCCAGUUUCUUUUACAGAACCGAUCUCUUCUUCGUGAGGUCGACGUCUUAGACAGCAAAAUUCUUGGAGAAAACCUUGGCUUUGUUUUCACCGCCCCGUCACAACCCAUUUGUAGCAAUUCAAGGCAAACAUCCUGUGUCCUCUGCAGUCAGAUUGUGACAGAAUGGUAUAAUGAGAUUUCAAACUACAAUUUCGACACGGGCGCGGCCAUCAACUCAUCUGAACCGUACCAGAAUUUUACACAGCUGAUUUGGAGAAGUACAUCUGAGCUGGGUAUGGCGGUGGCUUCCGGCAAUGGAUACCAUUAUUUUGUAGCUCGGUAUAGCCCACGAGGAAAUACAGGAAGAUUUGUUAGAAAUGUGCCACGCCUGAGGCCGACAGAGCCACCGACUACAACAGCACUUCCAUCUACAACCACUGGCAAUCCAAAUUCAACUUCAGUGCCAUUACCAACAACACCAGCCUGUAGUUUACCAAACCGCAGGACACCCAACCAGGAGGAGGUCAACAAUACUAUUUCCAUAGUCAUUUUGAAUGUUACUCUCCAAGAGUGGUGCCGAAGAGAAGAUGAAUUUAGACUACUACUUGCCAAUUUUGUCACUGACUUUUGCAAUGCUCAGAUGGGAAUAUGUGCCAACCGUUCUUUACCGUCUGACGUGGAUCUCAUAAACAUACUUCCUGGAUUUCCCGUUGUAAACAGCCCCCUAGAGCUAAGAUUUUACGUACGUCUGAAGGCUGGUGUAAAUCAGCACGUUACGAUAGACAGAGAAGUCCUUUACGCGAUAUUCGAAAAUUUUGCUCAAAACAUAAGCGAAGUUCUGGGAGUAGAAUUUACAGCCGAUGGAAACUUUACAAACUGGGGUCCUUGGGGUCAAUGCAGCACGUCUUGUGGGCCUGGAACUCAGAUACGAUUCAGGAACUGCACAAAUCCACCACCGAUCAACAAUGGCCAAGAUUGCGAGGGACCUAGGAACGAGACACGGCCAUGCAACUUGACAUCUUGCCCAGUCAAUGGUAACUUCAGUGAGUGGGAGAAUUGGAGUGCGUGUUCUUUAACGUGCGGUCGAGGAGUACAGAUACGUUACAGAAGCUGUACCGAUCCUCCUCCGUCUCAUGGUGGCCGAGACUGCAUUGGGUCCAGGAUGGAGACCAGGGAAUGUGAACUAACAUUUUGUGUGGUUGACGGCAACUUCACGGAGUGGUCACCUUGGACUUCCUGCAGCCUGACUUGUGGAAAUGGAACCCAGAGUCGUUACAGAAACUGUACCAAUCCUCCUCCACAAAACGGAGGAAGAGACUGCGAAGGACCUCGGAACGAGACUCGAGAUUGCUUUGAUGGACCAUGUCCAGUUGAUGGAAAUUUCACCGAGUGGGGAGACUGGGGCAGAUGCAGUAAGACUUGCGGAAAUGGUACUCAGAUUCGCGUGCGGAACUGUACCAAUCCCUCACCGGCUUAUGGUGGACAAGAUUGCAUGGGACCGAGAAAUGAAUCGAGAGAAUGCUACGAAGUACCAUGCCCAGUUGACGGAAAUUACACUGAAUGGACAAUAUGGGGACCCUGCAAUGAGACUUGCGGAAAUGGAUCUCAAACUCGGUACCGGUCCUGCAUCAAUCCGCCACCAUCCAAUGGUGGCCGUGACUGCGUGGGUCCGAGUAAUGAGACUAGAGACUGUUUCAUUGAGCCGUGUGCCUCUCGAUUGUAUCCGUAUGGAAGCCUCGUUGGUGACACAAAACUGCCGUCGUUUAAUCUGUUCGGAUCUUACUGCCAACAGGUUAACAUUCCUGGUCAGGGAUUGCCAUUCUUCGUCAAGCAGCACAACAAAGUUGCUAUUUGUCGAAAUGGAUUGUUACGCUUCAUUACCCGAACCGUGAUCAACUGGCCCGAACUGUUUCCAGGAAUCCGAGCCUCUGGUUCUAACAGAUUUCAGCGGUAUUUUAUCUUAGCGCCAUUCUGGAGCUCUAUCAGUCACUAUCCUUUUCAAAUCUCCGAUACGAGCCAGGCGUCUCAGUUAUUCUACCAAAUCUACAGUAAGAACAUUUUGGGUGAUGUAUCAUCUAACCAUGCAAGAGAGAUCUUUGACCGAGUCAACAAAGACGUACAGAAAUAUCAAACAAGUCCCAGCAUUCCAAAUUUUAACGCGAGCUGGGUGUUGAAGGUGACCUGGGAACGACUGUAUCCCAGUACCUAUCCAACAGUUAACCUGACGAACACGUUCCAGCUCGUACUUGCCACCGAUGGGCAGCAUUCCUUCACUUUGUAUAAUUAUGCAGAAAAUGGAAUUCAGUGGGCAUCCUCCACAGGAAGCCGUUUCUUUUCCCAGAAUCAAAGUGGGCUUCCUGUGAUGGGAUAUAACGCAGGAGACCAAGGAAGUCUGCGCUUCUUCAAUAUACCUGGGUCAGGUACUGUGGAAGCUGACAUGGUAGAUGAGCGCCUUGGAAAUACAAACCAAAGGGGAGUAUGGUUUUUCCGUUUGGAUGUGAAUCCUGUCCUAGACUUGCCAGCCAAGAAAUGUUAUACAUGGAUCCAGCAGCAGGCGAAUAUCCAAGUGCCUGCGGUACGGCCAUGUCCAUGCACAUUGGACCAAGCUGUAGCAGAUAAAAACUUUUACGUGGAUUACAACCAAAAGAUCGCAGGUCGUAGUAAACUGACGACGUGUGCAUACUCGGUGCCUAGUCCAACAAGCCGCUGGGCACAGCAGUGCUGCUACACGGAAAUCCCUGGAAGUGGAAACGUUCUUUCCAUCGGGCCAACAGAGGGGGGCAAUCCGUUUUUAAUUGGGAUACGCGGCCUUCCGAUCAUCACAGACUUAGAAGCGCACGGAUACUGCUGUAAUGCGUCCCUGUGCGCUCGAUACUAUGAGUUGCGACCCUCAGAUACUUGUUCCCGUUACAGCAGCAGGCGAGAAGCCCUUAUAUGGGGAGAUCCUCAUUUUGUCACUCUGGAUAACAAAAUCUACACAUUCAAUGGCCUUGGUGAAUAUACGAUGAUUACCAUUGACAACGUGGGAUUUGAGCUGCAGGCACGCACCAAGAAGACCAGCGGUAGGGGAUUGGGAACAGUGUUUUCAGCAGCAGCUGCUAAGGAAGCCAACACGGCUGUAGUGGAAGGGCGAAUAAAUAGCCAAGGUGACCUUGAGGUUUUCGCGGCAGGAAACCAGCAAAAUAUCCAAGCUAUUUCAGAGUUUGGAACGCUGAUUCAAGACUCAAAUAUUACGCUGAUCAGAGGGACUUCUGACUCAGUCUCAGCUGUCUUUCCAUCCGGGAUCUCAAUCACCUUCUCCCGGGUUUCGGACGCCUUAGCCACCACAUUCAAUGGGCCGGUCAGGUUUGUGAACCGCACUAAGGGACUCUUGGGGACGUGGAAUGAUGAUCCUUCAGAUGAUUUCACGACUCCUUACGGCACAGUGCUAUCAGCUGAUGCGACACCCCAACAAAUACACUACGACUUCGGGUUAAAAUGGCAAAUAAACGCCUCCCAAUCGCUGUUUACAUACCAAGCUCACGAAAGCCCUGCGACCUUCAUAGAUCUCAGCUACGUGCCAAUGUUCAUUGACAACAUCACAUGGACAAAUGAUUCCUUCAGACGACAGGCAGAGAGUGUCUGUGGCAACAAUAUCCUAUGUUUAUUUGAUGCAGCCGUGACUGUUAACUGUUCUUUUGGAAUGUCAACAAAAAAGCUGGAGGAAAAUAAUAUUCAAGCAAACAACAGGCUGGAAACUUUCCCACCACAAAUUGAAGGACCACAAGUUAUAAACGCUACUCUGAACGAAACAGUUGAGUUGAACAUCACAGCUCGCCACAACAUCAGCGACUCGUUUGUGUUUACCGUCAAAUUUUUCCCAGACAUGGAAGUCGUCUCGAAUACCUCGCUGGGUCUGGUCGUUCGAUGGCGGCCUACAUCCGUAAAGAAGGUAGAGCCUGUGUUUAUCGUUACUGACAGCAGUAACUCGUCAUCAGAGCUCCGCCCUCUGAUUCGACUUUGCCCGUGCCAAAAUGGCGGCAAUUGUGUGGAGGACGACGAUGUUCAGCGGCAGCUGGACAGCGGUGUAAGAUUCAUCGUUUUAUCAUGCGCCUGUCCCGCAGGACUCACAGGAAAGUUUUGUGAAAGUGAUGUUGACGCUUGCGUAGAGUUCAAUGAUCCCUGUUUUCCUGGAGUUGUCUGCACUAAUGUUCCGUUAUCUAUCGAUAAAAAUGGAUACACGUGUGGUCCAUGUCCAAGCGGUUACCAUGGUGAUGGAGCUUACUGCAUCGAUAAUGACGAGUGUGUGGAUCACGUGAGCAGGUGCAGCCAAUCAUGCAUUAAUACUCCGGGUUCAUAUGUGUGCAAAUGCUAUCCAGGAUAUACACUCGACAAAGACGGCGUCAGUUGUAAUGAUAUCAAUGAGUGCAUGGAAGCCAAUGACUGUAUGCAGCGAUGUACUAACUAUCCCGGUGGGCGGAACUGCUCUUGCUUCGAGGGAUUCCAGAUCGACCAGGCUGAUAAUACAGCGUGUAUACCAAUGGCAAGCUGUAAUGUUUCGAAAGCAGGCUGCCAGCAGGUUUGUGUGGAGGAACAAGGACAGCCAAAGUGUUCGUGUCACAAGGGUUAUCAACUCAAAGAAGACAAUCAAACAUGCACUGAUAUUGAUGAGUGUAGCACACAUAGACACCGAUGUUCACAAAACUGUCACAACAAUGUGGGGAGUUACACUUGCUCUUGUGAUGCGGGUUACAACCUGGACUCAGACUACAUGACGUGCAGUGAUAUCGACGAAUGUGGUUUGAUAGAUGUGGUGUACUGCGCUAAUUCCUUGGAGUUUUGUAUUAACACCAUAGGAUCAUUCUAUUGUGAAUGUCAGCAGGGAUACCAACGUGUGAACAACACUUGCAGAGAAAUCUAUCUAACCACAGGGGAACCACUUUUCACAGAAAGCCCAGCCACGAAACCUAGCACAACUGAUCGGGUCCCAGAGGAUGCCUCUAAUAAUGCUGUUGUUAUGACAAUAAGAAAUACAGAUAUAUCGGAGUGGGAAGAUGGAAUUUCUCAGUUGUUUGAAGAUAUCGUUGCCCAGGUUGUGGUCGAGUAUUGUCAAGAGAAUGAGAACGAAAACUGCCUUCAUUCUAAACUGAGUAAAAGGUCGAUCACAACAGAAAUCCUAGCCACAACUGUUCAUGUGUUGAAACAUUAUCCACAACAAGAGCAAGCUGAUUUAGUCAUAGCUUUCUACGUCAUUCUUCAUUCCAAAAAUCAAGAAAGCUACCUCAUGACCCAGGCUGCACUCUUGCAGGCUCUCAAAACGUCAUCAGCCAGACUGUCAGCCAGAAUUAAUAAAGAAGUUUACAACAUCCGGGCAUUUGAUGCAGAUGAAGCAAGUCCGCCCGCUCGUGAGUCCCGGAUAAUUGCGUCACAUAUGAAAUGGAUCAUAAUUGGUGGUGCAUCAUUAGCUGCAAUCGUUUUUGUGAUAAUAGGGAGCGUCGUUGCUUGCAGACGGAGACGAGCCUCCAGGCAGCUGAAUAAACGUGAAAGGAAAUCUGAAUUCAUUCUGCAGCAAUGGGCUGGGAGCCACGAGGGCACUGUGUUCGGAUUACCAAAUCAAGUCACUGAACUGUAGAACUUGUCACAAUUUACGAUGACAAUGCAAGGAUUAAUGCCAGUUACCUUUUUACACAAUUUAGCGUGAUUUUACAACAGUAACAACAGUCACUGGUAAUUUACAGAGUGAUUGUGAAACUAAAAUGUGAAACAUAAGACAUUCAUAUCUAAUCGAAAUAAGAUAAAACAUAGGACUAGACCCUUUGCCUAUUUACGUCGGAAAACCUAAUUUCUCCCCCAAGCCUCGCUUUCAAGGUACCAACUAGUGAAUUUUGAUGGGAAAGUGUUACCAAGACACUAAAAUAAAAAUACUCCUUAAAACAAAGCCGAUCGGUAAAGGUUCAUGGAGAUUUUAAAGCAAACGAAGCUUUGGGGGGGAGGGGGGAUUUCUUGAAUUGACGUGAUCGUGCAUAAGAGCUAUUGAUAGACAAAUGUAAUCACAGAAAUACUUAAUUCAUCAACAAUAAAUAAGCCUUAGAUGAAAAUUAGAACGGAGGCCACCACUAAAACAACGGUAUAUCUCAAUGCAUGCAUUUCUACAGAGUUGGUUACAUACUACGCAACUUUUGUGAAUUGUAGUGUACGAAUAAAUACAAUUGAAAUUGUCCUUA